AUGUACAUAUAUUAUAUUUAUUAUCCAUGUUCUUUCUUUCUAUCUAUCUAUCUAUCUAUCUAUCUAUCUAUCUAUCUAUCUAUCUAUCUAUCUAUCAUAGUAUCCAUGUUAUUCAUACCUAUCUAUCUAUUCAUAUCUCUCUCUCUCUCUCUCUCUCUAUCUAUCUAUCUAUCUAGCCUCUUCUUACUGAUAUCUGUGUUACAGAGAAAUACUUCUACUCCUAAUCCUCCUCCUCCUCACUCCCUCCUGUUUCUCCUCCUCCUCACCCCUCCUGCUUCUCCCCAUCCUUCUCCUCCUCCUCCUCUUCCUCCUCCUCCUUCUCCUACUAUUACUACUACUACUAAUAAUAAUAACAUUAUUCAAAUAUCUAUCUAUCUAUCUAUCUAUCUAUCUAUCUAUCUAUAUAUAUAUAUAUAUAUAUAUAUAUAUAUAUAUAAUGCUUGUCGGUUUACAUAUCGAUCUAUCUAUCUAUGCUUGUCUGUUUAUAUACCUGUCUAUCUAUUUAUGCUUGUCAGUUUACAUAUCUAUCUAUCUAUCUAUCUAUCUAUCUAUCUCUCUCUCUAUAUAUAUAUAUAUAUGCUUGUCGGUUUACAUAUCUAUCUAUCUAUGCUUGUCUGUUUAUAUACCUGUCUAUCUAUUUAUGCAUGUCUGUUUACAUAUCUAUCUAUCUAUCUAUCUAUCUAUCUAUCUAUCUAUCUAUCUAUCUAUCUAUCUAUCUAUUGA